GCUGCCUCAGUGAGGUGGUGUUCACCGCCGUGUGUGCAGCUCCUCGUGGUUUCGCCUUCGCCUCUUCUUCUUCCUCCUCCCGCUGCACCGCGACUCAGGGGGGGGCCAGGUAGACACGCGAGUACGGAUACCGGGUCUGGAGUCGAAGAACGGGCCCCCGGAUCGUUCCUUCGCUCUCUCAUAUCGGUAGCCUUGACGGGCGCCAGUCAGCCUGGGCAUCAGGCGAUUAACCCGGCCUGGCUUGACGAGCACACGUGUGUCAAACCGCAGAGUGAAGUGAGGAAGAGUCGGAGAUUUGCGAAUUUGUCGGGAGAAAAAUCUCUUUCGAUCGGCGAGAAGAAUUUCUGCGGAGGAGUCUCUCUCUUAUCCGAAGAGGAAGAGCGCGGCGGGAUGUGUGAUCGGUGAUUCUAGUGUGUGGCAACGCGAGUGUGCCGACGAUGUCGACGACAGACGUGGUCCGCAUCGUGCAGCAGGGAGCUGCCGCCGAUGAGGAUCAGGGGAGGCUGAAGGCUGAUCUACAGUACCUGAGAAGAAGGGGGCUAUCCAAGGCAUCCAGCGGCGGCGGCAGCAGCGAACUAUCGCACCAAGGACGCAAAUGCGCGCGAUGCGGCGCACCGUUCGGUAGGUUUUACAACACCGGCUCGACGUGCACGCGCUGCAGACAGCGGGUAUGCCGGCAGUGUCGCAUUGAGAUCAGGGAUCACGCAGGAGGCGACAAAGAAGUCGAGUGGAUCUGCAACGUUUGCUACAAAAUCACAGAAUUACACGUUGUUACUGGCAAAUGGAUGUACGAAAAUACAGUUUCAAGUGAAUCUAUCAGCGAAAAAGCAUCGCCGUCUCCAGCAGACACACUCAAUCGCAGCAUCCGUCGAGCUUGGACAAUUAACAGUCCUCCGACACGUUGGUCAGCUGCGAGAAAGUCUUCGGAAUUGCGAAUAUAUCGCAGUCUGCCCUCGCGCCACCAAGAAUAUCGAGAGCCGCUGGAAGAUUCGGGUCUUCAAGAGGACUUCGACGAUAGAACGUUAUCGAAGCUCGAGAAUUUACAAGAAAACAAUUUAAACACGAAAGACUUCGUUGAAGACACCGGCGACUGCUCGAAGAAUGUAAAUGAAGCGAACGAAAAGAACACAUCGAUUAACGAACGAACGAAACGAGAAAAAUCGAUUAGUAAAUCAGAAGAGGAAGUGCCAUUACCAGACAUCGUAAAAUUUAGCAAGAAAGGAGAACGAUUGAGCAAGGAGCAGGAAGAUCCUGCACAGGAACAUAGUACACCGAGAAUCUCACUAAUAAAACCACCGAGGAUCCUCGCGAAGUUUAUAUCGCCUGAGACAAAAUCGAGUCCGAAGCAUGGCGAGAGGAAGUCUAAUAUUCCGAUUUUCCGAAGAAGCUCCAAGGAAUUCGAGGAUAUCCGGAGCCCACAAGAGUCACCUAAGCGAUCGCUUAUUCCUCAGAGAUACAGAGGAAGCACCGACGAUCUGCGCCGCAGUCGCGAGGAUAUAAGCGUGCCGAGUUUGAUCCCGAAGCUGCUAUCCCCUCGCAACAAAGAGGACCGAUUGAAACGGCAGGAUAGCAAGGACGAUAUCCGUCACGUGUCAAAAUCCGCGCGAAAAGAUUCUAAAGAAGAGGUCAAGCCCUCGUCGCUUAUUGCUUCACCAACGUCCGCCAGCAAGGACGAAAUCGGCAAGUUGGGAAUAAGAAUCUUUCGUCGCGACAAUAGUCGCGAGGACGUGGGUGGAGAGGCCUCGAAUUCGAUCAAGGAGUCCGCGAAGGGAAAGCAGCAGGAUAGGCAAGAAACGGAAGGCGUGGCCGGCGUAGCAAAAUCGAAAGUCGUCGGCGAUCAAAGUAAGUCGAGGUGCGAAGACGACAAGGACGACGCUAUUGACGUCGAAGGACCGUCUUUGAGGAGCGAGGAGGCGAUCGCUUGGAUCGAACAGAACGAAGUGAUACUAGACUCGCGACAGAACGGGAAGGCCGAUGUGGAGAACCAGGAGGCGAGGAUGCUCGACGUGAUCGUCGCGGAGAACAGGACGCAGAACGAGCGGAUGCGGAAUACGAUGGUUGUAGGCGAGGAGAUGAUAGACGAGAAGCAUUUGCUGGCGACCCGAGAGACGGUCGGGUCCGUCUCGGAGAACGAUAAGGGACGAGACAACGACGAGGAGGAGACCGGUGAACGAUUGUUGGACGUUGGCAGCGACGGUGACGUCACUGGUAUUGCCGGCGAGAGAAAAGGCCCGCUGGAGAUCGGUUAUGGGAAGAAACCGGACGAGUUCCAAGUGAUUCGGCGAAAGUUCUCUAAAGAAGAAUUUUCGAAUCCGGACGACACCGAUGACACUCCGAAUAAGCGUUGUUCAAGCCACCUGUCGCCGGAAGCCAGUCCAUUGAGCACAAGAUCAUCGAGAUACAGUCCUCGGGAGAGUGAGAGCGAACCUACUCCAGCAUUGCCGCGUAAGACCGGAGGAGACUCCUGUUCUGCGUCCCAGAGGAUACGCGACACUAUAACGAGGACCAGAAGAGAAUCCAACAGCAGCGCCAGAUACGAAAGCAGCGGCAGCGAGAGUGUCAGAUUGAGCGAAACUGGCUUACACGGAUACGUGGAGUUGGCCAGAAAAGUAAAAUUCUUCGGGGGAAAUGGAAGCGGCGCGAUUUCUUCGGCAAUCGGUGGCGACGAAGUGGUGCAACGCGACAGUGCAACCAGUGCGGGCGAAGAUGAAGCUAACGAAGAUCACGAUAGAACGGGACCGGUUCCUUCUCAGGGAAGAACGAUGCUACGACGGAGAAGGCAGUUCGACGCUCAAGGUUCACGACGACGCGGGAGAUCGCACGCGAGGUCCUGCUGCUCCGGCGAGGAUCUGCAGAGCCUGCAAACGUUGAACCUGAUCGGGCGCGGGGGUGGAAGCGGCCGGCAGCGCAGUCCUAACGCCGCGUCAGGUAGCCAAGGUCAGGAUCAACCGGCAUCCGUGGUGGACUACAGACGGCUGGUGUUCAUCAGCUCGGACUCGUCGUCCGGCCGCGAGGAAGACGACGCCGACAGCAGUUGUUCGAGCUCGUCCUACCUGAACGGACUACCGCGCAACGGCGGCCACCAUCAUCACUACGCGCAGUCGCUCGAGGACUGCGACUGGGAUUACUUCGAAAGCGGAUCGCUGCCGCUGCCAACGACGCCGAUCGCCAGCGUCGGUGUCAACGUCGCCGGCGCAGACGUAAGCGGCGUCAACGUCGGCCAGGACGUUUGGAGCUGCUGUCCGGGGCGCGGUUCUGCAGCUUGCCAGGCUUGCGGCGGUUCUCGAAGCGCGAACGUGCUUCCGGUGCCGGUGCCUAUACCGGUCCCGGUUCCGUAUCCGGUGCCGGUGCCAGCCUCUCUGUGGACCGGCGAUUUCGCAGCGGCCGCAUCAUCCAUGAUAAGCCGCGGCGACGGCCACGCCGAGCCGGGUACUUUGAGAUUACGCGGCGAUCCGGCGGCGCCUUGGUUCGCUUGGCACCCUCGCUUCAAUCAGCCGCUUCAUGGCGCGCGUCUCGAUCCCCGGCUCGUUGACACCUUCGACCCGGCCACCUGCACCUUCCGUCCGUCGGACCAGGUGAUAACGCCGAGACUGUACGGUCCGAUCGCCGAAACGGGGACGAUUCCGUCGACGCAUCUCGAAUCGCCUCAGAUGAGUCAAGAUGUGAGAGACGAAGCGAAGAUCGUGUCGAAGGCCGAAGAGAAUUUGCCGAAGGAUACCAGCGAGUCUGGUUUCUCCGCUGCGAAGAAUAGAACGAGACCGGAAGAGAAUGUCGAAGUGAACUGCAAGAAGGGAGAGAUUGAAGGGAACAAAGAGGCGGCUUGCGAAGAUUCCUUGUCAUCGUCCUUCGAGAGAAGCGCGCAAGGGAUGUUUCAGCAUCCGCGAGAGGAUUCGGGCAGCUCUUCCGGGAGAUCUUCGGCGGACAGCAGCGAUCUGGAGGAGGACUCCAGCACGCACAGGUUCUCUCGGGUGUUCGUGGUGAACGACGAUUCGCUCACCAGCGACAACGACAUCGAGGACAACGAGGAGGACGAUUCGGAUUCCGCGGCGGAAGGCGGCGUGACUCUGAAACGCGUGACUGCGAUCCCCGAGGAGGAACCGGUGGUGUUGCAGCACGUGCGGCUGCUAAAUGAGGACGCUCUCGUGGAGAACGAACGAAACCGUGAAGAGAAUGAUAAAUCACUCGCCGUGCCGGCCGAUAAUUCGAGCGGCAAGCAAAAAAAUCGCAGCAGAAAGGACGGCAUUAUGAACGCUGACAAACGACUGACUCUUCUGCUACAACGUCGAUUGAUUCCCGAGGAAAUUGCGGACGAUAAUGAUUGUUCCGACAAUCGUAUUGAGCUGAAAUCUAUCAGAAUGUUGGAUCCCGACAGUAUCGAUCCGCCCAUCUUGAAGACGGACGGGAGAGCAAUUUCGAAAAUACGGGCUUACUCGGCGCAGGAAACGACGGCCAAGUCGCAGGAAAUUUUGCAGGAAAAUCUGAUGGAGCCAAAAUCGCCUUCGAGCGACACGUGGGACCCCACCAUCGUUCCGGAUUCCCUCGAAAUAUCCGGUAUUAUUCCCGAAGACGACGUCGCCGACAGCCAAGAUGGAUUUCGAAAUUCCGAUAACGAGCAGACCGCGCGAUCGAGCAUAACGAAUGAUUGCGACAGGCAGAGAGAUAAGCCGCGUUUAUCGUCGGUAAAUCAUUCGAACGGCGAUGUAAUCGCCGAUGCGUCGACCGACAGCUGCGCGAGCAACGAGAGCAACACCACGGGAAGCGAGGUGAGCAGCGAUGAGCUUCACGAAUACGAGGUGAACUCGGCCGAGUCCUUCUACAAUUACGGCAACGAGGUCGCGGCGAUCAACGGCGAAUUGCUCUACCAAAUCGGCAGGAAAAAGACGGAAAAUAUGAAGGAAAACAUCAACGAGAACGGUUACGAUGUUCACGGCGAUCGCGACGAUAGAAGUCCGACGAGGAACGGCGCGAAACGGAGCGUUCAGUCGGAGAGAUCGAUCGGCGGGCGGUCGCCGGGCAAUUCGGCGACGAUCGACUCGACGAUCGGCGCGAAGGACAACGACGGCGACGACGAGGACGACGACGACGAGGGUUAUCGGUCCGUUACGUGUCGUCGGCAAGAUGGCGGUGCGGGAGACAACGACCUGGUGGCGGGCGAGAAGCGGGCAGGAGCCGACGUAGGCGAUGCGAUAUCCAGCAGCAAGAUCCAGGAGAUACCGAGGAGCGCGGAGGAGCAGGACGGCGACGAUGCCGAGGUGGACAGUGCGCAUGACGGCCCGGUGAGAGGCGAGAUCGCCGCUCAGGUGGGAGGAAAUAGCGACGGCAACAAUUGCGACGGUGUUGGUGAGAGCUUGGAAGAGGGGAGCACGACACGGUUUCGCUCAGUCGAGCGACGCCCGUGCACUCGGCAGGAGAAUGGAUUCCCCGCUGACAGCCAAGCGUCGGCCAAGGAUCUCGCCAGAGACUCAGCUCAGCACAACAACAACAACAACAACAGCAGCAGCGGCGGCAGCAGCGGCAACGCCAGCGGCAGUAACAAGUACAGGAGCCUCGUGAUGAUCACCCAGGAGGCGUCGUAUCAGCCGGUGAGCGUCGUCACGUCGGACACGACGACGCUGCUGCAGCCGGAUGAAAUCCACUCGGCCGGCGGCCAGGGCGGCCUGGCCGGCUACUUCCAGCUGGCGCUGGAGGCGGCGAGCGAGCCGCAGCUUCAUCGCAAGAACGCGCCGCGCAAGCCGCUGAUGGUGAAGAGGCUGCCGGCCGCGGUCGCGGCUGUGUCCGCCACCGCGACGAGUCAUCAGUCGAGUGAGCUCGAGGCGGACAGUGGUUUGAGCGUCGGCAGUGCCAGUGAAAGCGACGACGUGUCCGUGAAGAACGUGCCGAAGCCGCUGAGUGGCCGACAGGAGAGCGCGGAUGACGCGUCGAAGGAUCGUUCCGCGUCGGAUUAUCGCGAGAGCGCGCGCCCGUGCACCUCGUCGCAGUCGAGCGACGAUAAUUCGGCCGCCAGCGGGGUUAUCAUACUCGAGGAGGGCUUGGCGGACGAUGAUUCCUGGGUGGAGGAAGUGUCGCACGACGAAGACGAGCCGGGCGCGACCACCGCGACGGAGGAGAGCUCCGAGGAUGAGGCGAAUAAUUUUGGCGAUCGCGAGGAGGAGCUGAGGGGCUACCGCCGACAGGCGAUCGACUUCACCCUGCACACCAUCGUCGAGGAGUCGUGCGAGGAGAGCGAGACGGAGCCGAGUCUGGCCGCGGGAAGUCCGUCGAAGAAGCCGCGGCCGCCUUCCGCAUCGGAGCUCGAGAAGUACUUUUUCUUCGGACUGGGCGGCGACGGCAACAGCUCCAGCAUGGGCUCGCGCGAAGUCGACAGCUUGUCGGAGACCUCGUCGAUUUAUUCCGAAGGGCUGGAAUCGCUGGGGCAAGACGAGGCGAACGGCGGCAAUCAGAGUCAGGACAGAUCCAACACCAGCGACGGUUUUCUCAAUUCUUCCAGAUUGGAAAAGUAUUAUUUAUCCGAGUUCCUCGGCUUCGAUCAGGACAGAAGGGACUCCGACGGCUCGGUGGGCAGCGAUUCGGAGGGUAGACCCAGCCCGGAGGCGCAAAGGAGGAAGAAACUAGUGCGCGCAAGAGGUACGGGCAGAUCGCACAGCUCGUCCCUGGACAAUCUGCUGGCUCUCACGCAGAGCUCGCAGAAUCUCAGCUCGCAAAAUUCUCUUCAGGAUCUGAGCCUGAAUCAGGACGCGCAGGAGACUCAGUCGGAAGGCUCGUCGACGGAGACCGAUGGCACCGAGGACGGCCAAACCGCCGCUUUCGGCACGGACGGUCAGUUCGACACGGUGAAGCGGAAGAAGAAGAAGCCGCGGAAUCUCGGCACUCAGAGUCCGCGCGUGCCGGACGAUCGGAACAAGACGCCGGAACCGAGCAGAGAGAUGGCACUGAUGAACGAGGUUGUGAUGGAGAACGACAACGAAGCGUUGAACUCCGAGGAUUCGGACAGAGCGAAAACUCCGCAGCCGGAGCUAGUUCUGUCUUCGUCUUCGUCGCCGUCCACGCUGACCAACAGCAAUAACACAUCCAACACUUCGGGCUCGCAGAUAGAUCCAUCAAGAAGCUCGGUUUCGGCGAAUUCGAACGACACGCAGCGAUCGAAGCAGCAGUCGCGAGAUUCGGGCUUCGUUGGCAGCUGCGACGACCUUCUUCAGCAUCAAAAACUGCCGGACGAGGGCCAAACGAGUGGCGGCGUCGAGGCUGAGCAUCAGGAUGCCGGCAAGGAUCGCACGCUGAACAAAAUUUCGGAGCACCCGCAGGACGCGGGCCAGAGCGCCGCCGGCGAAGGAGCCGCGGGCGCGGAAAGGAACAACGUGACGAAGCAUCCGGUGAAUCACACGAGCCUGCCGCAUCUGGCGAACGCUUCACUGUCGCGCAAGGACAGCUUCAACAACUGGUCGAGCGACGAGGAAACGAAUCUCAUGAUGUCGAAGAUGCGGCAGUUCUUCAAGACGAUGGUGGCCAACACGAACGGUCAAGGCCAAGGACAGAACGCCGCAACCGCGACUUCGAGCGGCGCCUCGCCGGCACCGAGCCCGCGACUUCCGGGCUACGCCUCGAAAGCGCGGCUCUGCGCUCAACAGAAUCGCACGAAGCCGCCGCAGUUGGUUUACUUCGAAAACGAGCUGACGCGACUGAUGAAGACGGUGCCGGGGAUUCGCGACGAGCAAGUGCGAGAGAUCGUCGAGUAUCUGAGCUCGGAGGACACGUGGUCGGAUUCUUACGACAGCUCGGAUUACACGAGUUCCGAUCUCGAGGGCGCCGCCGGUGGUCGCCGAUCGGCCCUGCAGGAGCAGAUCUCGCAGAGCUGCCAGCAGAUUAUCAGCAAAUUCGACACCACUUCCAGCGGCGACGCGAUUCUGCUCGACAAGGAGCGGGAACAGAUCAAGGGACACGGAUUGAGCGCCGCGAUGCAGCCCGCGCCCUGCCUCGGCAGAGACACCGCUUUCGUCUAUCAGAAGCUGGUGCAAAGCUUCACGAAGAUGGCCGGCGACGGCGUGAGCUCGGACGCCAACUCCACGCCGCACAGCAGCCCGCCGCUGAUCGCCAAGGUGAUGCAUCACAUCGGCAGCCGGCUGGUAGCGCUCAUGCACGAGGUGUCCGAGGGCGGUCCAGCUGCGCAGCAUCACUCCACCAGCUGGCGGCGAUACUCGCAGCACCAUCGAACCCCGUCCUCGGCGUCCACCACCGAGGACGACGACUCGACGUCCGAUUCCACCAACGCGCCGUCAUCGGCGCAUCUGCAGCUGCCGAGAUCGAAAUCGCACGAUCCUUUGCUGUUGAUCAACAGCCAUCCGACGGCGUCCACCGGCCAGGAAGGGGAGGAGCGGGAGGCCAGCGACUACGAGAGAUUCUCCUGGCGCGGUAGCUUCGAGUCCGCGCUCAUGGCCGCCGACUCGAGGACGAAGCUGAGCUUGUUGGCGUGUUCGGGUGACGUCAGUGGUGGUGGCAGUGCUAGUGCGAGUGCGAGUGCUCUGGCGGCGAAGCGUCGCAGCGCCGGCGAUCUGCUCUUCAAUCCGAAGAGCUUCUCCAGGGAGCAGCUGGACAGGGUGAGAAGCUGCGGCUCCAUCGGCGGCGGAAGUGGCGGCGGCGCUGGCGGUGCCGGCGGUGGCUCCGCCGAGGAGAGGAUCUGGAGUAACCAGCGGAGAUCCUCCGUUCCCGAUGCCAACACCAGAGGAGAGUCAGGCGCAUCAGCCGGCGACGAGGACACCGAGGAUGAACUGGAAUACGGCGGCGAGUCACGUGCGACGACUCUUCCACGUGGCAUGCAGUCCGCUAUCAGUGCGGCCACUAAUUCCCUGCCGCGGCUGCCCGCGUCGGGCGCGCCGACCAGCUUGACGACGACGACGUCCUCUUCGUCGGCGUCGACGUCGUCGCCGAUGCACAAGGCGCACAGCGUUUACCACUUCCUGCCGCAGCACAGCGGCGUCAAGUCCGCCCGGUAUCGGCCGCCCGGCUUCGCUAGGAACAGCAACGUCGGUCCCAGUACGAUCGGCGGUGGACCCAAGCGUGCCGUUAGCGCACCGGGUCUUCAAGUUUCCGGCUCGCAAUCAGCCGCCAGCAAACGGGACAAUUCCAGGUCGAGGAGGCAGCAGGCGAUGUCGCUAACGUCGGACGAUGGAAGCAGUUUGUCAGAGGCGUGCAGCACGCCGAUUAUCGGAGCAGGAUCACGAGCAGGCUCUAGUCACACAGUUAUAGACAUGGACGAUAUGGAUCCGGGCCAUCUCGCUACUCGUUCGUCUCUGUCGAGUCUCGGGGCACGUUCGGACUCGAUGGCAUCGGUGUACAGCGGUGCGGGCGAGGGACGUUGCUGCCGAUCUGUGGUCGUCACAGGUGAGGUGGAGUUCGCCUUACAGUACGAUUACAAGAACCUGACGUUCGAAGUGCACGUGACCAAGUGCAAAAACCUCGCACCUGUAGACGUGAAGCGCAAACGAUCGGAUCCGUACGUCAAGGUAUAUCUGUUGCCGGACAAAUCAAAGAGCGGCAAGAGGAAGACGAAGGUGAAGAAGCACACGUUGAAUCCCGAAUUCAACGAGACACUAAAGUUCCAUAUGAACCUGAGCGGUCUGGAGACGAGAACAUUAUGGCUGACGGUUUGGCACUCGGACAUGUUCGGCCGCAACGACUUCCUCGGUGAAGUGCGAAUGCCCUUGGAGAACAAGAUAUUCGACGACCCAACGCCACACUGGUAUCCCCUUCAAGAGAGGACGGAACCAUUCGAUGAUCCGGUCGCAUACAAGGGCGAGGUGAUCGUCGGACUGAAAUUUGUGCCACCGGAUCCGACGCAACAAGAACGCGAUCGGGAAAGCGGCGCGGAACGUGGCAGUUCUAAGGCAAAAAAGAACUGGAGCCGCGGCGCGCUUCACGUGCUCGUCAAGGAAGCUAGAAACCUGCAGACGCGCGGCAAGAACUCGGGCACCUGUGAUCCCUUCUGCAAAAGCUAUUUGCUUCCCGAUAAAGGCCGGUCCGGCAAGCAGAAGACCGGCGUUGUUCGUAGAUCAGGCGGUUCACCAGUUUGGGGCCACACGUUCAUAUAUAAAGACGUCAGUUUGCAGGAGUUAGCGGAGCGCGGAUUAGAGUUGACAGUUUGGGACCAUGAUCGAAUUGCCAGCAACGAAUUCCUCGGCGGCGUUCGAUUCAACCUCGGCACCGGAAAGCAUUAUGGAAAAUCAGUAGACUGGAUGGACGCAACCGGUCGCGAGCUGUCAUUAUGGCAGAAUAUGCUCGAAAGACCAAACUUCUGGGUCGAAGGUGCGGUGACGUUGAGGCCGAACUUGCACAAUCAUGGGAAGAAUAACAGCUCGUAAAAGCAGCAGCGCGAGAGAAGACGCGAUAACGUCAUUUUCAUUCUUUCCGAUCUUUGUUUUCGAGAGAGGAACGGUUCGGAAGCCGAUUUUUAGUCGAAGUAUUGAUUGUACAUAGAAGCGUCGUGUGACGAACGUAUCCUGAUUACUCGCGAACGAAAAUGAGUGCCUUUGGGAGCAACUAGACUCGUCUGAUUUUCCUAUGAACGGGCAUAGACGAAUAUUCCCUGCAAACUUCCCAGUCCGCUGCGAAAACCGCCUAUUUUUAGCCUGGGACUGAAGAAAUAUACUGCCGGUUCUGAGUCCUUUCACACUGUAUAAUAAUUCUAUGCAUUAAAUUCUUUCGGUUUUUUU